AGUCCCGACUGAAGCGGAGCCGCUCCGGCUGGAGGGAGGUUCAGAGGCCCCGUCGGAAGCGCCGAGGGGCGGGAUGGGGCGGGCGGGGGCGGGGGAGCCGGCGGGGCCGCUCCUGCCCGCAUCGGGAGCGCUGCCGGAGCCGCACGGGCAGGCACAGCAGCCGAUGGGGGAGAGCAGGACAGGCUCCAGGCUGGCACCAAACCCAGCACCAAAGCCCCUCCAGCCCACUACAGCAUCCGAGCACUGAGCAUCUGCGCCGGGGCGAGGAGACCCCCACAGCGGGGGCCUGGGCUCCUCAUCGCACAGGACACCGUGCACAGAGCAGCUUUCACAGAGAGAACGAAACAACAAGGUCACUUGGAAACAUUCUGGAAAUAAAGGCAGCAGGAUGAACCUGAAGAAGUAUUUCAUCCGCGCACUGCACCGCCUGCAGAAGGGCCCUGGCUACACCUACAAGGAGCUGCUGGUCUGGUACUGUGACAACACCAACACCCACGGCCCCAAGCGCAUCAUCAAAGAGGGGCCCAAGAAGAAACUCAUCUGGUUCUUCCUAACGCUGCUCUUCGCAUCUCUGGUCUUCUGGCAGUGGGGCAUCCUCAUCAACACCUACCUCUCCUAUAACGUCACAUCCUCUCUCUCCAUUGGCUUUAAGACCAUGAAGUUCCCAGCAGUCACGGUCUGCAAUGCCAACCCUUUCAAAUACUCAGAGGUGAGGCAUUUGCUGAAAGACCUGGACAGGCUCAUCGAAGCGGCACUGGAGAGGAUCCUGCAGCCCACACCGGGGAACAGUAGCGAGAACGUCUCCCCACCGCUCAACAUGGAGCUCUGGAACCAGAUACCCCUGGUCCUCAUCGAUGAGCAUGACAAAGACAACCCCAUCAUCCUGGACAUCUUUGAGAGCAACCAGCCUGCUGUGGGCAACCAAACCGUGGAGGGCAAUCGAACCACUGAGGGUAACCAAACCACUGAGGAUAACCACACCUCCACAGGCAAUGAAAUGGCUGAGGGCAACGAAACCUUCAUGGGCAACGAAACCUUCAUGGGCAAUGAAACCUUCACGGGCAACGAAACCUUCAUGGGCAAUGAAACGACUACUCCACCUGCCCCAGCCAACGUGACAUCAGAAGAGAAGAAGUACAAGCUGGCAGUGAAGCUGAACAGGGACAGACCUGCCUGUGUGUGUCCUCAGUGCAGCCAUCAGGGCUCGGACAACUGCACGUACCGCAACUUCAGCAGCGCAGCGCAGGCGGUGAGCGAGUGGUAUAUCCUGCAGUCCACCAGCAUCCUGGCCAAGGUCCCGCUGCAGGACAGGAUCCGCAUGGGCUACCAGGCUGAGGACAUGAUCCUGGCCUGUCUCUACGGGGCUGAGCCCUGCAACUACAAGAAUUUCACCCAAAUCUAUCACCCAGACCACGGUAACUGCUACAUCUUUAACUGGGGCAUGGACGAAGAGGCCUUGAAUUCUUCCAACCCCGGAGCCGAGUUUGGGCUGAAGCUGAUCCUGGACAUCAGCCAGCAGGACUACAUCCCCUACCUGUCCUCAGCGGCCGGGGCACGGCUGAUGCUGCACCAGCAGAAGAGCUUCCCCUUCCUGAAGGACCAGGGCAUCUACGCCAUGGCCGGGACCGAGACCUCCAUCGGCGUGCUGGUGGAUGAACUGGAGCGGAUGGGCUAUCCCUACAGCGACUGCACCGUGAACGGCUCUGACAUCCCUGUGAAAAACCUCUAUAGCCAGUAUAACACUUCCUAUUCCAUACAGGCUUGUCUGCGCUCUUGUUUCCAAAUUCACAUGAUUGAAACCUGUGGAUGUGGUCACUACAUGUUCCCUUUACCUGAAGGGGUAAAUUAUUGCAAUAACGAAGAUAACCCAGGCUGGGCAUAUUGCUAUUCGUCACUGAGAUCAAGCAUAAGGGACAGACAGAUCUGUAUUGACUCCUGUAAGGAAACGUGCAAUGACACACAGUACAAGAUGACCAUCUCCAUGGCAGACUGGCCAUCCGAAGCCUCAGAGGACUGGAUUUUCCAUAUUCUGUCUUAUGAAAGGGAUAUGUCAACAAAUGUGACUCUGGACAGAAACGGGAUCAUCAAGCUCAACAUUUACUUCCAGGAGUACAACUACCGCACCAUCUCGGAGUCGGCUGCCACCACGAUUGUGUGGCUGCUGUCGAGCCUGGGAGGCCAGUUUGGGUUCUGGAUGGGGGGCUCAGUGCUGUGCCUCAUUGAGUUUGGGGAAAUCAUCAUCGACUCGCUGUGGAUCACCAUCAUUCACAUCAUCAGCUGGUGCAAGGGCCUGAAGCAGAAGCGGGCGCAGAUGCGGUACCCGGAUGCGCCCCCGACAGUGUCGGAGCUGGUGGAGGCUCACACCAACCUGGGCUUCCAGCCUGAGGACACGGGGACCCUCCCCAGGGAUGAGGCACUGCCCCCCGAGCCCGGCACCCCCCCUCCCAACUAUGACUCACUGCGCGUCCAGCCCCUUGACAUCCUUGGUCCCGACAGCGAUGCAGAAACUGAGUGAGUGGUGUGUCCCAUCACCUCCCGAUGGCAGGUGGCCGUCGCUGUGCUCCGUGUCACAUCUGCCAUCACCGAGCUCAGGGUGUCACUUGCUGAAAAAUCUUCUGCUCUCCACCAAAAUCAGGAAGGAACUAGAAAGCCCUGGCUGUCCUCCCAUCCCCAGCUUGAAGUGUUCACUGUGAAGAUUCUCCAUCUAAUAAACCCUGUAAUAAAACUCAAGUCAGUGCCAAGCUCUGGCUUUAGCACA